GGCCUUUUAGUCAAUUAACAAAAAAAAAACAAUCGGGUCAAUAACGGAGAAUAAUCAUCCGGUGAACUUCCCUUCGCCGGUGAGAAAUCUCAGAUCUACCAAAACUUCAAAUCUCACAUCUCUCCACCUUCUCCGAUCUGACUUAUGGAGGAAGGAGACGAGACUCAGUCUCCCGUGAAUCCAUCGUCACCAGCUCCAAUUUUACCUACGGUGGCCUCCUCCUCCUCUCAGUCUCCGUUGGCUUUAACGGUUCACACUCCCUCCGUUAACAAAAACGGACGAAGCGGAGGCGGAGGAGGAAGAGAAGAUUGCUGGAGCGAAGAAGCGACGAAGGUUCUAAUCGACGCGUGGGGGGAUCGGUUCGCCGAGCCAGGGAAAGGAACUCUGAAGCAGCAGCAAUGGCACCAAGUGGCUGAGAUCGUUAACGAGAGCGGUCACUGCAAGUACACCAGAACAGAUGUUCAGUGUAAGAACAGGAUCGAUUGUCAGCCACGGAUCGAUACGGUUAAGAAGAAGUAUAAGCAAGAGAAGGCCAAGAUCGCUUCUUCUGGUGAUAAUGGGCCUAGUAAAUGGGCUUUCUUCAAUAAGCUCGAGGCUUUGAUCGGUGGUGGUGGGGAGGCUCCGCCGAUGAGGUGGCAUUUUAGGAAACGGAGUGCUUCUGAGACUGAGUCUGAGUCUGAACCUGAACCUGAGCACUCAGCUGAGAGUCUCCCUCCAAAGCGGUUGAAGAUGGGAGUUGGAGAAGUGGCCAAGGCGAUUCUUGGAUUCACUGAGGCUUAUGAGAAGGCGGAGACUGGGAAGAUUAAGGUGUUGUUGGAGUUGGAGAAGGAGAGGAUGAAGUUUGUUAAAGAGAUGGAGUUGCAGAGGAUGCAGUUCUUGAAAACUCAGAUGGAGAUAACGCAGAAGAGUCAAGUGGAGGAGAGGGGCAAGACAAGGAUUGAUGAUGAUGAUCGCAAUGUCAAGAAUAGUGGCGAUGUAAGUAGCUGACAGAUUUUGGACACAAAUGUUUUAUUGUGAUAUGAUUAAAAACGUCAUUAGAUUUAACAGUUGUUGUUGUUGUGCCUUGUGGGAUAUGUAAAUGUAGACAGCUUAUGAUGGGUUUAGAGAACUGUGAUCAUCAUCACCAUGUUGUUGUUAUGUUACCUUGUCUGAAACAUGGGUAAAUUAAAGAAUCAACCUUUUUUUAGUAUAA